AAGGGUGCUGGCGCGGACGCUGUCAUGGCUGCACGAUCUGUCACUCUCGGCAUCGACCUGGGUACCACGUCUGUGAAGGCGGCCCUGGUGGAGGCCGCGCCCGGCGACCCUUCCGGGUUCGUGGUACUGGCGAGCUGUGCCCGGGCUGCGCGGGCCGAGACGGCGGCCCAGAACGCGGCGGCGGGGCCCCAGGGGCAAGAACAGGAUGUGAGGAGAAUCAUCCAGGCCCUCCACGAGUGUCUCGCUGCCCUUCCUCGGGAGCAGCUCCGGAAGGUCUGUGGCAUCGGAGUGUCAGGGCAGAUGCAUGGAGUCAUGUUUUGGAAAACAGGCCAAGGCUGUGCAUGGACAGAGGGAGGGGCCACCCCUGUGUUCGAGCCUGGAGCUGUGAGCCACCUGGUCACGUGGCAGGAUGGCCGGUGUAGCAGCGAGUUCCUGGCUUCUCUGCCGCAGCUGGAGUCCCAUCUCAGCGUGGCCACGGGGUUUGGCUGUGCAACCAUCUUCUGGCUUUUGAAAAAUAGCCCGGACUUCCUCAAGUCCUACGAUGCAGCUGGCACCAUCCAUGACUAUGUGGUUGCCAUGCUGUGCGGCUUGGCAAGACCCUUGAUGUCCGACCAGAAUGCUGCUAGCUGGGGCUAUUUCAACACCAGGAGCCAAAGCUGGAACUUGGAGAUACUGGGGGCCGCCGGCUUUCCCGUCCAGCUGCUCCCAGACGUAGCGGAGCCUGGCAGCGUGGCAGGAAGAACUUCGCAGGCCUGGUUUGAGAUCCCAAGGGGGACGCAGGUGGGCGUGGCCUUGGGUGAUUUGCAGGCCUCCGUCUAUUCCUGCAUGGCCCAAAAGACCGAUGCAGUUCUCAACAUCAGCACCUCGGUUCAGCUGGUAGCCUCCAUGCCUUCAGGAUUCCAGCCAGUGCAGACUCCAGACCCCGCAGCCCCAGUUGCCUACUUCCCAUACUUUGACAGGACUUACCUGGCUGUGGCAGCGUCACUCAAUGGGGGCAACGUGCUGGCCAUGUUUGUCCACAUGCUGGUCCAGUGGAUGGCGGAUCUAGGCCUGGAAGUUGAAGAAUCCAUGGUGUACUCAGGCAUGAUCCAGGCAGCUGCCCAGCAGAGAGACACCUGCCUGACCAUCACUCCAACAGUGCUGGGCGAGAGGCAUCUGCCGGACCAGCUGGCCUCAGUGACUGGAAUCUCCUCCUCUGACCUCUCCCUGGGACAUGUGACCCGGGCCCUGUGCAGAGGCAUCAUUCAGAACCUGUAUUCAAUGCUUCCAUUUCAGCAGCUCCGGGAGUGGGGCGUGGAGCGGGUGAUUGGAAGCGGGAGUGCGCUGUCCAGGAACGAAGUGCUGAAGCAGGAGGUGCAGAGGGCGUUCCCUCUGCCGGUGUCCUAUGGACAGGAUGUAGAUGCAGCUGUGGGGGCCGCUCUGGUCAUGCUCCAGAGAAGCCUUAGCCAGCAGAAAUCCUAGCACAUUUGUUGGCCAGAGGACUGUUGCAAAUUUUUUCUAAUUAACAUCCCUGACCCGAUCUUGGGGGUCACCCUUUUCCUGGACAGCUCUGUGGGCAGCUUUUAAGCAAUGCUUGUUCUUGGGGCCUCAAGAGUCAGCCUUUGGGGCACACACUCAUAAUGCAGCCAGGAAUCAUCAACCAGAUCCCAAAUCAGUGCCUUCUGAAAGAAACUCACCUGAGAGCUGGUUGCAAAUGUAAAUGUGUGAGAGAGAGAGAAAGAAGGAAGGAAGGAAAGAGAAAGAGAGAAGGAAAAGGGAUGGUAACCCAGCAUCUUGGUCAACAGGGUCACCUGUGAUUCAUCUGUAGACAAAAUAAAUGUGGGCUUCAGACACAAAAAUAUAGUCUGGUGGCUGUGGGCUCCAACUAAGAACACCCCAUCCUAUGUUCUCACAAAACAGCUGGUUGAAGGCACAGAAGAGGGAAGGAAAGGUGGAUGACAUGACCAGCAAGGGGGACAGAUGCUGUAUAGCCCACCAUUCAGACAUAUUGUUCCCAAGAGUCUGGCCAGGCAGCAGAAAGACCCUUGUCUAGGAGUGUGUCUGUGCAGCAGUGUGUUUUUGCCCCUGCACAUCCCCAGGAGGCCUUCCAAGGGGAGGGAUGCAGCUGCAUGUGCUCCUGCCAGAGAGAAAGCAGAGAGAACCCCUUGUCCUGAUGCCUCAGGCUGGUGCUGCUGCAGAACUGGGUCUGGGAGGUUGGACAUGGCUCUGGGAAUCAUUUGUAGGUUGUCCCAUGCAAAGCCCUGCCUGCCCCACAGUUCUACUGAGACACGUGGCUGGGGAUCACUUGGGAAAGUAGUGGAGUUUUUCUCUUGGCCUGAAUGAGUCAACACCAUCAUUUUGAGAGAGAAGCCACCUUGGGAUGUACCAAAAGAUAGCAAAAAGCCCUGUCCAUCAGGAGGAGCUGACGUCAGGGAGGCGGCCUGUCUUGCAUUCCCAGAAUUCUUGGGAUGGACACUGUAAAUAUAGGAUCGGGAGCUGGAUAGGUGUCCUGCAAAGCACUGAAACUCUCUGUCCGCUUUCUGCAUGUCCACUGUAUCUCUCAGGGCUGAGCCUUGCGCAGUCCAAGCUUGUUAGCUAGCAGUUCUGCUGCUGUUUCUGUUGCCAGUGGCCUGGAGCCUCUGCAGUGGUUUGGGUACAGCUUCUGGGGCCUCAUUUCUCCAGUCUGAAGUAAUAAACCACUCACUUCUGUUCCCAUGCUUAGGAGGUACCAGCCUGAGCCUCAGCUGAGGAACUGGCUCAUUAGUGCUGUUUUCCAGCAUCCUGAUCUUAAACACAAAGUAGGCUUGGACUUUCCCACCUGAUUGGUUUCAGUCAGUGAAACAUCAACAGAAGUGAUAGCAUAUGGUGAACGAUGUCGAUGUCGGAUUUGUGAUCUCUGAAGAAGAUUUAUUUUCAGGACCAGGGACCAGGCUUGAUCACUCAAGAGAUUUUGUAUAGCAGAGUUUUAUUACAGUGAAAAGGGACAGAGAAAUCUUCUGAAAUAGACAUCAGAAGGGGGAUGGAGAGUUCCCCCUGUGCUAGUCUUAGGAAGAGAGUUAUAUACUUUUUCAGUUGGUUACUGCAGUAAACCAAAAGAAUGUGUCAAGUUUGUAGACCCACUCCCACAAUACACAUUUUAAGACAACAAGAUUAGAACUAACAAUAGGAAGAUCUUACCAGACCCAUUCCCAUAAUACACAUUUUAAGAUGACAGGAAUAGUCUGAAGGUUCUCAAGAAGGAGAAAUAUGUCCUCAAGCAGGAUACAUUGUUGUCAUAUUGGUACAGAGUCAUACAUUGGUACAGAGUUUAGGGGAAAACACAUACUUGAGCAAGAUGAGUUGUUUUAUUGUGUAAUCAUCAGCUCUGGGCUUAGAGAAAAAAGCGUUUGUCUUUUUCUCCUCCUUGAGAACUCCAGACCCCUAUCUCAAGAGCCCCAGGCCCCCUUUCCUCCUCAGGGACCCCAGACUUAUCAACCUACCUAGGAAUUGACUCUUUCAUUCCCCUCUUUUCUUUUAGGAGAAUUAUACUGCCAAGGGGAAGGGGCAUCAUUUUCAUCCCAUAACCACUUCCUGCUGUUGAGGAGCAUCAUCCCUAAAUUGUUGAGGCAACGUAUUCUCCUAACUCUCAUAUUGAGGGUCUCUUACCCAGGGGCCUCAAGUAACAGUUGGAGGAGGUUGUGGCACUUGUGGGAGCUUGAACAACCAUUUGUAACCUAAAAGCUUUCAGAUGGUUAGAAACGAACCCCAUUUUACAGUUACAGAUGUAAGGCAAAAGAGUAAUUAAACCAAAUUAAAACAUAAUCAAAAUUAAAAGUAACAUUAUGUCCAUAAUUAAGGUACAAUAUGUUAUACCAGUCCAUCUUAGGAUCAUUAGAUAUCAUCAGAUCAAGUAGAGCAUCACAUAUGAUUGUUGUUGGUGAAGGUAUUCGCAGAGUUGAAGAACGUCCUUUACCUGAAGUAGAGAAACCCACCAUGGGAAGCCUUCAGUUGAUGAGGAUGUUGAAAAGCUGAAAGCUGAGUCACAUGGUUAAUUCUAAAGCUUCAGGAUAUAUGACAAUAUCUGUGUGUAAAAACAGUCUGUCAUAGAGACAGUUCCUUCUUGGGACAGUUCAAGCCCUCAUUAAAGCUAUGGGUAAAACUUUAAA